UCUUCGUUGUUAACAGGAAGAUGGCAUCCACGGACAAGGCUGAGCAACCAGCACAGGUUGUUCUUCCUCCUGGUAAUGAUGUACCAGAUUCCCCCAGAGAAGCACUGGUUUCUACAGCUAUAAAGUUUCUUCAAAAUCCAAAGGUACGUCAGAGUCCCUUGGCCACCAGAAAAGCCUUCCUAAAGAAAAAGGGCUUGACUGAUGAGGAGGUUGAGUUGGCCAUUCAGCGUUCAGGCAGCAGAGAAGAUGUCCUACCUUUGAGAACUGUGGACCCUCCACAUCCUCUUGACUCUCCUCACUUUGCUGUUGUUCGAGACAGUCCAAAAGGCUACAGAUGGAGAAACUAUGGUGCCUUCGCCAUCAUGAUGGUGGGCAUUGCCUACAGCUGUCAUCAUCUUUACAAGAAAUACAUCCUUCCCCUCAUUAUGGACAGCCGAGAGGACAAGAAGCAUCUGCAGAAGAUGGAGAGCAACAUCGCAGCAAUGAGUGGCACGCUGACACAGACAGUUGGACAGCUACAGCAGACCAUGACUUCCCUCCAGGAGCUCCUGGUCCAACAGCAGCAGAAAAUCCAGGAGCUUUCCCAAGAACUGACUGCAGCAGAGGCGGUGUCUGCGACCAGUCACAUCCUGGACAACCAAAUAGUUGGAGAGUUGAAAGCUGAGAUAGUCUCUUUGAAGGGUUUACUGCUCAGCAGGAGACAAUUUCCUUCCACUCCCUCGAUUUCUAAGAUCCCCUCAUGGCAGAUUCCCUUGAAAGGGCCCUCAGCAUCCAGCUCCCAAUCGGUCAACCACAGCAGCAGCGACAGCUCUCCUGUCAGUAAUGAGUCAGCCAGCUCCUCCCCUGUCAAAGAUGGACACAUCAGCACACAGGAUGCACUGGGUGGGGCACUCGGUAUCAACGGUGAUGUCGCAGGCCCUGACACAGCACUGGCCUUGGACGUGGAAGACAAAGUUCCCAUGGAAGUGCAGGGAGAGGAGGAAGAGAAUGAUGAUGAUAGCCAGAAAAAGCAAGAGGUGGACAGUCUAAGCAUGCAGAUCGACGAACAUCAAGGUGGAGAGGGACAGAUCCACAAACAGGACGACAAACUGAGGCGGCCAGAAGGUGCUAGUAAUGAAAGUGAGGUGGAUUAGGCCGCUGUAGAACUCUUGACCACGCUCUCCAAGCAGAUCUCUUCUUCUGUCUGUCUGCGACUUCUCCACUUAGACUCGUUUCGCAUUGGCGGCAGUCUGUCAAUAAUUCACAAGGCAAGCAGGGUAGCCCUGAAAUUCAAGAUUCGCAUGUGAUGAGUGGCUUUGUUCCAUGCCGGUGUCAGGAUGCUCAGAGGAGAGGGGAAGAUAAAUGUUUGUACUGCUGCUUUCCUCUUUCAUUGAGGACUGAAUUGUGAAUCAUCGCCAAUGUUUGUUUGUGAGGGGGGGGGGGGCUGAAUCUGCAACUCCAGCACAGCAGCUGAUUUGGUUUGUGAAGUAUGUUAAUAAUCAAAUGAUCAACAAAUAACAGAUGUAUUAGUUCAUGCAGCUUGAAAUGUCAAGCAGGCUAAAAACGCAAAUCUAAUACAGAAAGCCCUGUUGAAUUGUGUUAUUUCCUGUAACAAGCCCCUUGGUCCAAAUUAGGCGGGCCCUCCCACGGUGACUAAUCUUUACUGAAAACUGAGCCCAUAUUUUGUUAUUAUGAUGCAUUAAAACACCAAAGACUCACAGAUGGAAGUUGCUAAAUUUGUGUCACUUGUUUUAUCAGUGUGUGUGUGUGUGUGGAGGUAAAUGCGGAAAGCUCACAAAAAAUGCCCCUUGAUUGAAAAAGAAAGUAAUAAAUGAUUACUUGACUCAUUGAAUUAGUCACUCUGUCUGCAGCUCGACACGAGUUCAUGAGUAAGAAGACAGGAUAAAUCUCGCCUCUUUUGCUACAUUCAUCUCUCAUCACGUGGCCUUCCUAGGAACACACCAAGGUAGAGGGACACUGUACAAGUGUGAUAGCAGUUCUGACCAACCAAUUAAUAUGUUUGAAUCAUCUGUCUCAUUACCUAAUGCUUAUUAAAACACUGAAAAUUUCACUCUAAUGUAAAUUGUAAAAACCAUUUUUUUUGGGGAGGGGUAAUGAUGAAAAAAAUGGUUUUCAUUGAUAUAAAACAUGUUUUUUGUGUGUUUUUUUAUUGCUGUGUUUGAUAGUGUCUACUUUAUGUACUGUAGUCUGUCGAAUAUCAAGUCAUUUGGUUCACUCUUGCUUCUGACAAUUGUAAUUAAAGUGGAUAAAAAAGUAAACUAAACAGAUUAAAAUACUAUGUUAUCCCGAUACAAUAAAUGAAUAAAUACAGUGGACCCCACUAUUUGUGGGCGAUAGGGACCGAACC